GCAGUUUGCUGCGCGAGUUUCUUCUCAAUGUUAACCGUUGAGUCGAAAAUAUGUUGAGUAUUUUUAAAGCGAUAAGAAAGUCAUCAAGCAACAUAUUUAAUGACGAAUAGGAGGUUUUGUAUAAUGUAUCCACACAGGCAUUUUCUCGACCGAAGAUAUACAAACUACAUUACCCAUGAUUCCGUGCGCAAUAACAACCUCAGGGUCAAAGGGCGGUAAGAGUGAGAAUCGUAGGCUCCUUCGAUUUGAGCAUGGCAUCCGACGGAUUAGAAGGACCACCAGAGGACCAGCAAGAUGAGGGGACCCACCUGACAGACACACCCAGUGCAGAGGCCCCCGCUGACCCUAACUGUGGCAAAGACACCCUAAAAGCCACAGCAGAGUCAACAGAGCGGGACCAGAACAGCGUCAGCGUGUGCAAGUUUUUCAUGAUGGGAAGGUGUCAUUUUGGACACAGAUGUCGUUUCUCUCACAGUAACCCAUCAAUAGAUGAUUCAGCGGCUGUGUCACCUGACCAGGAUGACAAACAGGAUGGAGAAAAGACAGAAAAACCCAAGAAGACAGUAAACAAAGCAACAAAGCCAAAAUACGAGCCAAAAGAGACGAACAAAAAGCCUCGCAUGCGCACAGCAGAUGAGGUGAUCUCUCGGAUCCUGUGGGACCCAACGGUGGAUGGAUCAGAAUUUGUUGUGGGGUAUGUGGAUCGCUUCCUUGGUGUGUUGGAGCGUCCCUUCAAUGACUUCAACUGGGACACCGACCCCUGCGACUGUGAUUACACUUCUGAGCUGGCCCUGCCCAGACACAGGAUCCAGUACUUCACCUGCAGAGGGCACCGCGUCUGGGACCGCAGCAGCAGGACUGACAGGGUGUUUGGCUCCACCGGUCAAUCUCUGGCUCCCCCCUUUGGAGGGGAGGAGGAAUUAAAGGAAGUGAACGCAGAAGAGCAACAACAAGACCUUAAAACAGCAGAGGAGCAGCCACCUGCUGUCAGCGUGCAGGAAGAGAGUCAAGCAGAGGAGUGUGCUCAUCCUGAGAACACACAUCUGGAGGAGGAGAAGCAGAGUGAGAGGAAUACUCACAGCCCUGCCUCAACACAAGCAGGAAACACUUCUCCAGAACAAGAGGAAUCACGAGGAGCACUUGUUAUGGAGGAGGCUGCAGUGAGACCUAAGGCUUCAACAGACCAAGUGUCCUUAUCCCAAAAAGAGGGAGCAAGCAGCGUACAAGACGAGGGUGAGGAAGAGGAUUUUGCACAAUGGAAAGAAAGCUGGGAAGGCAAUGAAGAUGCUCAGAAAUCAGCACCUCUGGAGCAGCGCGAGAUGAUGCAUGGUAGUCGCCCCCCUAAGAAACAACCCACGCACUUCAUCACCUUCAGGGCCAACACUCCUGCUGUCCUCUCCAAUUUCCAGCAGCUGCAGGAGGAGAUCACCUCCCUGCUUCCCUCCUCGGCCCCUCACUGGCAGACCGCCGCCAGCCUCCACGUCACCAUGUGCCUCCAUUUGCCUGGCCCAGCUGAGGUAGCCGCUGCUGAGGAGAUCCUCCGACAGUUUGCCCAUUUGGAUCGUAACCCGCCGGUGGCGCUGACCUUCCCUGUGAGGCUGAAACAUUUCAAUGGGAAGGUGCUGUACCUGAGCCCCCAGCCUCAGCUUCACCUCCAGCAGCUCAACAGCGGCCUGCAGGAGGCCUACAGGGAGGAGGGCUUGCUCCACAAGGACUCUUACAACCCACGCUACCACCUCACUCUGGCCAAGGUAGAGGGCAAGGAGGGAGAGAGGGUUUUUCAAAGGGUGGGGGACCUGAAGGUGGGGAAGGGUUUAAAUUUGGGCCGUCUGCCAGUAAACAUCUUACACCUUUGUGCCAUGGGCAUUUCCAAAGUAGAUGGUUUUUAUGAGAUCGUGUGCACAGUAAGUCUUCGAUGAUUUAACACAUGCGCGCACUACAUACUACAUACAUGUAUGUUAAUACAAUGUAUAUGUCAAAUAUAUGUAUUGCUCUUAAUAAAUGCAUUUUAAUGCAUUAAGGGCCUACGUUGCGUACGUGUCGUAUUAAUAUUUCAAGAUGAGAAAUGAAUGUCUGCACAGAAUAAUAAUAAUAAUAAUAAUAAUACAGGGAAUACAUAAUGCAAGCUGGUUCAAUACAUCCAGAACUCGUUAAAAUCACAAAUGUUCACUUUGCCUGGCUGAACAGAAGAACAUAAAAACUAAAACAAUAUGUAUGAUAUAAAGCUUUAUACAUUUUGUUAUUUGUUAGUUUGUUGAUUUGAAAUUAAAUAAAACAAUGAAAAAAGUAGGUUGUCCGUACUUGCUGUUUUACUUUGUUUUAUGUUAUGAGUAAAAAAAGAAACGGCAUUUUUGAUUGUUGGUUGAACUCAGACUGAUUAUAUUAUGUAUAUAUAAGGUAUUUAUACAAUAAGCUAAAGAGGCAAUUUAAAGACAUCAUCUCGCAAUUUAGGAAAUAGUUUUGGCCUUUUUAUAAAACAUUUUUAUUUACAAUUUUCCAAAUCAAUAUUAUUAUUUUAAUGAAGAAAAUAAUCUUAUUAAUUGACAAUAAACAUGAGUUGCAUCCUUACUAAAAAAUGGAACCCACAGUAUGAAAUAGUUAUAGAGGCGUUUUAAAUCUCUCGGGACACACAAAGUGGAAUACCUACUUCUUUACAAUAUAAAAAGUAAUAUGUACAUUAUUUGUCCUCUAUUUAUUACCUGGUGGGCUUCGCUUUGAGCUCUACACAGACAUAUGCAGCUGCCAUAAAGGUUUAUGCACGAGACAUGAAUUGUUUACGAGGGGAAAAUAUUAUAUUUUCUUUACAGCUAUUAAUUAACUCCAGUAGUUAUGUUCUGCAGCUCGCAAUUUAUCUGUUUUAUAUGAAUAUUGUAUGGGCGGUGUUCAACAAGAACGAUGACUUUGUAUGCCUUUAACAAUGAGUAAUAACCAUCAGAUUACGAAGGACAUUAAAUAUUGAAUUGGUUAUUUUAAA